AUGUGUUGUUGUGCAUUAUCACCGGCGCCACUGGUGCCAUCCAAUUAUAAUGGAUGGUACUUAUUAGAGAAUAAUCCCAUAACCAAUUACCAGAGCUAUGUGCAUGGAGACCCCGAGAUAUCGAAGAUAUCGGAGUCACUCAUCAAUUUCUCUACUAAUUAUCAUCCGACACAACUCCAGCUCGACCCGGCAAGACCACCGACAGCCAUUACUGGUGAUUCCAAAAUUGUGUCGAAGAAGAUUUUCCAUAACGCCAGCGAGCGUGAUCGUCGUAAGAAGAUGAAUGGUUUGUACUCCACUCUCCGUUCCCUGCUUCCAGGGGCAGACGAAAUGAAGAAACCAAGCAUUCCGACAACAGUUUCACGGGUGGUGAAGUACAUACCAGAGCUACAGGAGCAAGUGAUGGGGCUGAUUCAAAAGAAGGAGGACCUUUUGUCGAGGAUUUGUGGGGAAGGAGAUCUUGAAACUCGUCAAGAGAAGAAACCAAAAAGCAAAGCUUGGAGUUCAUUGUCGACAGUUACAGCAACUCAACUUGAUGGUGGAGGAGAAGUAGUGAUUCAAAUAUCGACAUAUGCGGUGCACAAGAAUGCAUUAUUGUCUGAGAUCCUUGUCUGUUUAGAGGAUGAUGGGCUUGUGCUGCUAAACGCCUCAUCCUUUGAGUCCAUUGAAGGGAGGGUCUUUUUUAAUUUACAUCUUCAGGUGGAAAGAAGGGAAAGAUUGGAGUGCGAGAGUCUAAGUGAGAAACUCAUAUCCCUGUUUGACAAGAGGGAAGCUCCGCAGCCUUCCAUGAUUCCAGAUAAUUUUAACCGUUGAAGUCAUAUAACAUCUACAUAACAUCUUAUGUGAUUCGAUAUCGUGGGGCCUUUAGUUGCCAGUGAUCAAACAGGUUGAGAUAGGCUUUGCAUGAGUUUUUAAGCAUGAUUAUGCUACAUGAGACACUUAAGAUCGUAACACACCACUAUAAUCCGUAGCAAACGUUUAUGGUGGCGCACUCAAUCGACAUUGAUCCGAUGGUAACAAUUUCUUUUUUGGUCAUUUCACUGAUCUAUUUAUAAUUUAAUGA